AUGUCCGUCACCACCAUUGAUUAUGGUCUCUCUUGCAAAACCCACAAUAAGUACGAUGUUUUGUUCCACUCUGAUGUCAUUCACACAAUGGUCACAAAUACCCCAUCAAUGGUUGACAAAUGGCUCUCAAGCAUCAGCAACAAUAAUAGCAGCCUCCUUGUUGGCUUGGAUGUUGAAUGUCUCUUCACCAAUCAUCGCGCCAAUCAUCGCGGUGUGUCUUACCCGGCCGCUGUCCUUCAACUUUGCAUAGGCAGCGAAUGCCUUGUUUUUCAAAUCCUACAUGCCCCAUAUGUUCCGGAAUCACUUAUUGCUUUUUUAGACAACAAAAAUCACAAGUUCGUUGGUGUUGGGAUCAAAGACGACGUAGACAAACUUGAUAGAGAUUUCUCUUUGCGCGUUGCAAACUUUGUUGAUCUUCGUACCCUUGCCGCUCAGACGUUGGAUGAUAAAGCAAUGAAUUCUGCUGGGCUUAAAACAUUGGCAAAGCGUGUUCUUGGAAAAGAGAUUGAGAAACCAAAGAGAAUUACUUUGAGUGACUGGAGUAAUUUUCCACUUACUAUUAGGCAAGUUCAAUAUGCAUGUGUUGAUGCUUUUAUCUCGUUUGAGGUUGGAAGGCUUCUUUAUUCUUCUACGGUUUGA